ACCACCAGUCACGUGGUCACGUGACGCGCUCCAACAUGGCGGCGCCGUGGGGCCGGGGCGUCUCUUCCUGACAGGGCGGCGCGCACGGACGCGGCCGGUGCCGGCCGGGACGCCUGGCCCUUAGCCUCGCUGUCCUGCUCGCUCGCGCCGUCGGCUCGCGGGGCUGCCGGCCCCCGCCGGCCGGGGCCAUGCAGGAAAGCCAGACCAAGAGCAUGUUCGUGUCCCGGGCCCUGGAGAAGAUCCUAGCCGACAAGGAGGUGAAGCGGCCCCAGCACUCACAGCUGCGUAGGGCCUGCCAGGUGGCGCUCGAUGAAAUUAAAGCAGAAAUAGAGAAGCAGAGGCUUGGCGCUGCAGCUCCCCCAAAGGCAAACUUCAUUGAAGCCGACAAGUAUUUCCUUCCAUUCGAGCUGGCCUGCCAGUCCAAGUCCCCCCGGGUGGUCAGCACAUCUCUGGAUUGCUUGCAGAAACUCAUUGCGUAUGGGCACAUCACUGGCAACGCCCCUGACAGUGGAGCUCCUGGGAAGCGGCUGAUUGACAGGAUUGUUGAAACCAUUUGCAAUUGUUUUCAGGGCCCUCAGACAGAUGAAGGGGUUCAGUUACAAAUAAUUAAGGCUCUGCUGACUGCUGUGACUUCCCCACACAUUGAAAUCCAUGAGGGCACGAUCCUGCAGACAGUAAGGACAUGCUACAACAUCUAUCUGGCCAGCAAGAACCUCAUCAAUCAGACCACUGCCAAGGCCACGCUUACGCAGAUGCUGAAUGUCAUCUUUACCCGCAUGGAAAACCAAGUGUUACAGGAGACCAGAGAAUUGGAAAAACCAAUCCAGUCUAAACCUCAGUCCCCUGUGAUCCAGGCUACAGCAGGAUCUCCCAAAUUCAGCCAAUUGAAGCAGAACCAGGCCCAGAGCAAACCAACAACUCCUGAAAAAACAGAAUUGCCCAACGGUGAUCAUGCCAGGAGUGGCCUAGGAAAAGUGAGCUCAGAAAAUGGAGAGGCUCUCCGAGAAAGAAGCUCGUCACUCUCUGGAUCGGCCGAGCCUUCCAGAGGCACUGACGAUGGAGCCCAGGAGGUGGUGAAGGACAUCUUAGAGGAUGUGGUUACGUCUGCUGUGAAAGAAGCAGCAGAAAAGCAUGGUCUGACGGAGCCGGACCGAGUCCUGGGUGCCCCAGAGUACCAGGAAUACGCUGUUCACCCAGGAGUUGAUGAAAACUCACAGACCAAUGGCAUAGCCGACGACAGGCAGUCACUGUCCUCAGCAGACAAUCUGGAACCAGAUGUGCAAGGACAUCAAGUGGCUGCUAGGUUCUCUCACAUUCUACAGAAGGACGCCUUCCUGGUGUUCCGCUCCCUGUGCAAGCUGUCCAUGAAACCUCUUGGGGAAGGACCCCCAGAUCCAAAAUCUCACGAGCUUCGUUCCAAGGUGGUUUCCCUGCAGCUGUUGCUGUCCGUGCUGCAGAAUGCUGGCCCAGUCUUCAGGAGCCAUGAGAUGUUUGUCACUGCCAUUAAGCAGUACCUGUGUGUGGCCCUAUCCAAGAAUGGCGUGUCCUCAGUGCCUGAUGUCUUCGAGCUCUCACUUGCUAUUUUUCUUACUCUUCUUUCAAACUUCAAGAUGCACUUGAAAAUGCAGAUAGAGGUCUUUUUCAAAGAGAUUUUCCUGAACAUUUUAGAAACAUCUACAAGUUCUUUCGAACACCGCUGGAUGGUCAUUCAGACCCUGACAAGGAUUUGUGCAGAUGCCCAGUGUGUUGUGGAUAUUUAUGUCAACUAUGACUGUGACUUAAAUGCUGCUAACAUUUUCGAGCGUCUAGUAAAUGAUUUAUCCAAAAUCGCUCAGGGAAGAAGUGGACAUGAGCUGGGGAUGACACCUCUACAGGAGCUCAGUCUGAGGAAGAAAGGCCUGGAGUGUCUCGUGUCCAUUCUCAAGUGUAUGGUGGAAUGGAGCAAGGAUCUAUAUGUGAACCCCAACCAUCAGGCUACCCUGGGUCAGGAGAGGCUCCCAGAUCAAGAAAUUGGGGACGGAAAAGGCCUUGACAUGGCAAGACGGUGCAGUGUGACAUCAGUGGAGUCCACGGUGUCCUCAGGGACCCAGACAACCAUUCAGGAUGACCCAGAGCAGUUUGAAGUCAUCAAACAACAGAAGGAGAUCAUUGAGCAUGGCAUCGAGCUUUUCAACAAGAAGCCCAAGCGGGGAAUCCAGUUUCUCCAAGAGCAAGGCAUGUUGGGAACAGACGUAGAGGACAUUGCCCAGUUUCUGCACCAGGAAGAACGGCUGGAUUCUACCCAGGUUGGUGAGUUUCUGGGUGAUAGCACGAGGUUCAACAAGGAGGUGAUGUACGCCUAUGUGGACCAACUGGACUUCUGUGAAAAAGAGUUUGUUUCAGCCCUGAGGACAUUCCUGGAAGGCUUCCGCCUGCCUGGAGAAGCACAGAAGAUUGACCGGUUAAUGGAGAAGUUUGCUGCUCGAUACAUAGAGUGUAACCAAGGGCAAACCCUGUUUGCUAGUGCUGACACUGCGUAUGUCCUGGCAUAUUCCAUUAUUAUGCUAACUACAGACUUGCACAGCCCUCAGGUAAAGAAUAAAAUGACAAAAGAGCAAUAUAUUAAAAUGAAUCGGGGUAUCAAUGAUAGUAAAGACCUCCCAGAGGAGUAUCUGUCCAGCAUCUACGAAGAAAUAGAAGGGAAGAAGAUUGCAAUGAAGGAAACAAAAGAGCACACAAUUGCAACCAAAUCUACCAAGCAGAACGUAGCCAGUGAAAAGCAACGGCGACUGCUGUACAAUAUGGAAAUGGAACAGAUGGCUAAAACGGCCAAAGCUCUGAUGGAGGCCGUGAGCCAUGCCAAAGCUCCAUUUACCAGUGCCACACACUUGGACCAUGUUCGGCCAAUGUUCAAAUUGGUGUGGACGCCCCUGCUGGCAGCCUAUAGCAUUGGCCUGCAGAACUGCGAUGACACAGAGGUGGCCUCCCUGUGUUUGGAAGGCAUCAGGUGUGCAGUCCGCAUCGCCUGCAUCUUUGGAAUGCAGCUGGAACGAGAUGCCUAUGUUCAGGCCCUUGCUCGCUUUUCCCUGCUGACAGCCAGCUCCAGCAUCACAGAAAUGAAGCAGAAGAACAUUGACACCAUAAAGACGCUCAUCACCGUGGCUCACACUGAUGGCAACUACCUUGGCAACUCUUGGCAUGAGAUCUUGAAAUGCAUCAGCCAAUUGGAACUUGCUCAGCUGAUAGGAACUGGGGUGAAGACUCGCUACCUGUCUGGCUCUGGGCGGGAAAGAGAAGGGAGCCUGAAGGGCCACACGUUGGCAGGAGAAGAAUUCCUGGGUCUUGGCCUCGGUAAUUUGGUGAGUGGUGGCGUAGAUAAAAGACAGAUGGCCAGCUUCCAGGAGUCUGUUGGUGAAACCAGCUCACAGAGUGUGGUUGUUGCAGUGGACAGAAUUUUUACUGGCUCUACUAGACUGGAUGGAAAUGCAAUAGUUGACUUUGUCCGCUGGCUUUGUGCUGUGUCCAUGGAUGAGCUGGCCUCCCCCCACCAUCCCCGGAUGUUCAGCCUGCAGAAGAUUGUGGAGAUAUCGUACUACAACAUGAGCCGGAUCCGACUGCAGUGGUCUCGGAUAUGGCAUGUCAUUGGAGAGCACUUCAAUAAGGUUGGCUGUAACCCUAAUGAAGAUGUGGCCAUCUUUGCUGUUGAUUCACUGAGGCAACUGUCCAUGAAGUUUCUAGAGAAGGGAGAAUUGGCCAACUUCAGAUUUCAGAAGGACUUUCUGAGGCCAUUUGAGCACAUUAUGAAGAAAAACAGGUCCCCGACCAUCCGGGACAUGGUGAUCCGCUGCAUCGCCCAGAUGGUGAGCUCCCAGGCAGCCAACAUCCGCUCUGGCUGGAAGAAUAUCUUUGCUGUGUUCCACCAGGCGGCCUCUGACCAUGAUGGGAACAUCGUGGAACUGGCCUUCCAGACCACUGGCCACAUCGUCUCAACCAUUUUCCAGCACCAUUUCCCUGCGGCCAUCGACUCCUUCCAGGAUGCUGUGAAGUGCUUGUCAGAGUUUGCCUGCAAUGCCGCUUUCCCUGACACCAGCAUGGAGGCCAUCCGGCUCAUUCGCUUCUGUGGGAAAUAUGUCUCAGAGAGGCCUCGGGUACUGCAAGAAUACACAAGUGAUGACAUGAAUGUGGCUCCUGGUGACAGAGUCUGGGUCAGAGGCUGGUUUCCCAUCCUGUUUGAGCUCUCCUGCAUCAUUAACAGAUGCAAGUUAGACGUGCGUACAAGGGGACUAACCGUCAUGUUUGAGAUCAUGAAGAGCUAUGGCCACACCUUUGCAAAGCACUGGUGGCAGGACCUAUUCAGAAUCGUGUUUCGAAUUUUUGACAACAUGAAACUCCCUGAGCAACAGUCAGAGAAAUCAGAAUGGAUGACGACCACCUGCAAUCACGCACUGUAUGCUAUUUGUGAUGUAUUCACCCAGUUCUACGAGGCUUUAAAUGAAGUGCUUCUCUCUGCUGUGUUUGCACAGCUGCAGUGGUGCGUGAAACAAGAUAAUGAGCAGUUGGCGCGAUCAGGUACUAACUGCUUAGAGAACCUAGUGAUAUCCAACGGAGAGAAGUUCAGCCCUGCUGUUUGGGACGAAACCUGCAAUUGCAUGUUGGAUAUUUUCAAAACCACCAUCCCACAUGUUUUACUGACAUGGAGACCUGCGGGAAUGGAGGAAGAGUCACCAGAUAAGCAUUUGGAUGUGGACCUGGACCGACAGUCCUUAAGUAGUAUAGACAGAAAUGCCUCGGAGAAAGGACAGAGCCAGUUCUCCAACCCCACUGAUGACAGCUGGAAGGGUGCGCCAUAUACAAAUCAGAAACUGUUGGCCAGCCUCCUCAUCAAGUGUGUGGUUCAGCUGGAGUUGAUACAGACCAUUGACAACAUCGUGUUCUACCCUGCCACCAGCAAAAAGGAGGAUGCGGAGCACAUGGUUGCUGCCCAGCAAGACACACUAGAUGCAGAUAUCCACAUCGAGACAGAGAGUCAGGGCAUGUACAAGCUCAUGUCUUCCCAGCACCUCUUCAAGCUGUUGGACUGCCUACAGGAGUCCCAUUCAUUCUCCAAGGCCUUCAACUCCAACUAUGAGCAGCGAACUGUCCUCUGGAGAGCAGGCUUCAAGGGCAAGUCCAAACCCAAUCUUCUCAAACAAGAAACCAGCAGCCUGGCCUGUUGUUUGAGGAUCCUGUUCAGAAUGUAUGUCGAUGAGGACCGCAGGGAUUCCUGGGAUGAAAUACAGCAGCGACUUUUAACUGUUUGCAGUGAAGCACUUGCCUAUUUCGUUACUGUGAACUCUGAAAGCCAUCGGGAAGCAUGGACGAAUCUACUGCUAUUACUUCUGACCAAAACCCUCAAAAUAAACGAUGAAAAGUUCAAAGCACACGCUCCAGUGUACUACCCCUACUUGUGUGAAAUCAUGCAGUUCGACCUGAUCCCUGAGCUCCGAGCAGUUCUUCGGAAGUUCUUCCUGAGGAUAGGCCUGGUGUAUAAGAUAUGGAUUCCAGAGGAGUCAUCACAAGUGCCAGCAGCAUUGUCAUCGACGUGGUAGCACUGGCUCCCACGGUCACUCUGUGGUUCUGCAGAGUAUCCGUCAUGCCAUCCCAACUGGCAAACAAGAAGCCAACCUUCUAGUUGGGGUUCAGACCUGGAUAGCAGUGAUCUGUACACUGGCCUCGUCACAGUCCCCAGCGGAGGCUCAUGGUGUCUGUCUCAUUAAACCACCGCAUACCAGUACCACAGAGGUGGGGAGUCUGUUCUCCAUCUGUUGUUCCAUUUUGCUGACGGAACUGUCAGAGCUGUUGUGAAAACCACCAUUUCCUCGCAGGGCUCCAAGACUGGCGAUAAAUGUGUUGUCAGAAGAAGUCAUUCUCCUUGGAAGUACUGAACUUCGCUGUAUAGAUUCGUGUUUAUUAGAGAGUAUGUUAAUAAAAUUCCUUGUAACGGCUAACUGCCACCUAAGUACGCUGGGUGUUUUGUUGUUUGAAUGUACUAGAGAAGUUUGAAUGUUUAUGCCAGUUUUGGGUCAGCCUAGUUAGAUUAGAAAGGUAGGAAAAGAGGGUUAUUUCUUAUGUUUUGUUAUUGUCUAAGUGACUUGUAAAGUAUUCCACAAAGUUAUAUUAUUGAAGGUUUGAUGAAAGGCAGAGUUUAGAAAACUUAAAGCGCUUGCAAGGUUUGAAGGCGAUGUAGUGCCUCAUGACUCCGUUUUAGUAACGUGGGAGACAGUCUGUAGGAAAAAUAACUUAACAAAGGGUUAACCUUCCUUGAAGUGUUUGUGGGUGGGGGUUCCAUUACAUUUUCCAGAAUGCAUUGCACAUCUCUGAAAUCUCUCACAUGAAAUAUUAAUGAAAACAAAAUAACUGACCCAGAGUUUGUUUCUCUUUGAGUAAAUCUCUUUAGUUUUUCCCUCAGCAGAGUGCCUGGUGGUUAGUGUGGCUGCUUUGCCAUCCCUGUUGAAGUGACACCAGAGGCAGGGACAGUAACUUAGUGUAAUAAGGGUCACUCUGGUGCCCCCUCAGCCACAUCAUGAGUGGAACUAGAGCUACUGUGGGGCCAGCACAGCUGGACUGUGAGAACGGCCAGGGGUGGCACCUACAGCUUUUGUUAACUAGAGCCAGGAGAUGGAGUCUGGCAGGAUUAGAUUCUAGGAUCCUUAUGUUGGUAAGGGUGCCACACCCACAACCACAGUAGACUGACUUCUGAGUGCUCCCAACACCCACAGCAGCCAAGCUAGAGGAAGGCUAAUGGAUUUGGAGCCCAUGAGAAAGAACACACAAUUCCUAGUCUGCCCUCCUGCACUGUUCACCUGGAGCAGCACUGCGUGCUGAGCCAUGUCAUGAAAUGCCAUGGGAACAUUCAGACUUCUGCCUGCAUCAAGUCCUACAAAUUGGGGUUGUAUCGUGUCAACUCUGGUGCCUUAGAAGUUAGUCAUCCCUUGGGAGUGCGUCUGUGGAAUUGGACCCUUUUUCCUUUCUAGAGAGGGGAGUCCUAGUGCUUUUGCUAUUUUUUUUUUUUUUUUUUUUUUUUUUUUUUUGACAGCCUUGCCAUAUGCUCAGUUUGGCCAGCAGAACUUGUAUUUAUGCUUUUAUUUCCCAAAAGGUAUUUAAUUUCUCUACCAAAGAAAAAAAAAAGCAGGUUGGGAUUAUCACUAGAACACAUCAGCUGAGAGGGCUGUGCACCUCAAAGGACGGGACUGUGGGAGAAUGUUAGUGAAGGGGAGAGUGUGAACACGGUGAACUGGCGUGUCUUGGAGUCUGUUACAUUUUUUUUGCUGCACCACAGACCUGUGCCUGAGAUGUUCUCCCUGGUGUUGCCACUCAGCAUGACCUCAGUUAUCAGUGGUCCCUGCAGCAUUUGUAUCACCCAUGUAGCCAGGGAACAUGCGUGCAUGUUCAGUCGGUGCAUCUUGCCUAAGCCGUGUCCCUUGCUGGUGACUUUCCCUCCCCUGUCAUAUGACAUUUCACCCAUUUACACUAGCCCUUUUCCCCCAGUGUUCCCUGCCUCCUCUGUAACUUUUGCCCCUUAUAGGGCAGGGAGUGUGUCGGUGUGUUUUCUUACUUGCUUAGAUAUUCAGGCUUGAAUGUCUUUAUAAUUUUGUUAUGUAAAAAGAUUGAUUUUUCUGAAUGAUGCAUUUGAAUUGUACAGCAAUAGAUCUUUUAAAAAACAAUGUAAAACCAUUCAGGGUAAUUUUUCUUGUCAGUGGCAGUGGUGUCCCUGACCUCCAGAAACAAGCCAUUCAGUAUAAAUUCUUCGUGGUGAACAAGUCUAUUCUUUCUCAUGGCAAAUGUAGCUUGAGCCCACCGGACACCAGUGCAGAGAAAGAACAGCUGUGUGUCCUCACAGGCAGAUGCUGCCUGGCUGCAGCAUGGAGGAGGGAGGGUAGAGCAUCUUCCAAGGCCUUAUUUCUUUAUCACAAUGCUUUAAGUGUCGGUUUAUGUGCUGGGGUCUCUAAAGAAGCUGCUGUCCCCAAGCUGCUGUUCCAAGCAAUUCUGUUGUUGUCUGUUAAGAAAAUAAAUCACCAGCUUUGGCAUCUGAGCAACAGACAGAGAGUGGGGAUGUAUAUCAAAUGUGCACCUUCAGAGCCAAACACACCUUCUCUCAUCCUGUACAACUAAACCAGACAUCAGAAAAAUUGUGUAGUAAUGUCUGAAAGCACUUUCCUCCAGUAGGUGACUUUUGUACAAAAUUCAGAAAAUCUAUAAAGACACCACCCUUAAAAAAAAAACAACUAAUUCUUUUGUGAUUAUGGCUGUAUAUUUAGUUGUCUUUCUAGUUAUUAAAAGAAGGUGCUGACACAUGCAGGUGUGGCCGCCCUACUCAGGUGUUUGUUGCUUACAGCGCUAGUGGAUACCGGUUGCAAUAGGCACUGGAUCCUUCCGAACUCUGUCUCAUUAUUUGUGGUAAGGUAAGCUGAAGCUCACAUUGGACCUAGAGUUGUACUACCAGCAGCUUUAUGGUUUGAGAAGCAAAAUAACCAAAGCUGAGGGUCUUAAAGAAGGAAUCCACCUGAAAACCCUUGCUCUCAGAAAGUGGCACUCAUCAAAUGUGUGGUUUUUCUCAGUGUUCUCAUUUUUUAGAAAAAUUUUAUCUUGCAUAUUUGCAUCAAACAUUUCUUUAUGUGCAAAAAAAAUGUAUGUUUUCCUCUUUAAAAUGCCCAAAAGUUAGUUACUAAUGACUUUGAUUUCAUCCAUACACAAUGAUUAAGUGCAUUUAAUAUUGAUAAUUUAAUGGAAAGCAUUCCUUGCCCAAUGGAUGUAAACAUUUUUGAAAGAAUAAAGCAGAAUUAUAUAAUAUGAAAUGCUAUGUAAAGUUUUCUAUGUAAAAAUAUUAUGUAUAAUACUGUUAAAUACCCCCAUGCUUUGAUCAGGUGGAAAAUCAAUAAAGUUUUAAAAAGUAAA